CCGUUCAUCUACCAAAAGUAUCUUCUCUCUCCGUCAAACUCAGCACACAAAAUGGCUUCUGCCGUCGCCGUCGCCGGCGCGAAUGGCCUUCGCACGGCGAUUCUCUUACCGUCGGCAUUACCUGCCGAUCAUGGAUCUCGGAGUAGAAUUUUCCGUAGUAAGUCAGCAAUUCCACUUAAGCCAUUAUGCUCUCUGGCUGACGACCGAAAGAUACUAUUCAAGGACGACAAAGAUGAAAUUCCUUUUAGUGCACCAGAAAAUUCGCUAAUCGGAGCAUUAAUCGGCAUUCAAGGACGCGGCCGUUCCGCUUCUCCUCAACAGCUCCAAGAUGUUCAACUUGCUGUUAGUGCAUUAGAAGAUAUAGAAGGCAUACCAGAACCGACGAGCUCAAGUACGAUAGAGGGUCGCUGGCAAUUAAUGUUCACAACUAGGCCUGGAACUGCAUCCCCAAUUCAGAGAACGUUUGUUGGAGUAGACUUCUUCAGUGUGUUUCAAGAAAUAAGCCUAAGAACAAACGAUCCUCGAGUAUCUAACAUUGUAAAAUUUUCCGAUGCAAUUGGUGAGCUUAAAGUGGAGGCUGCAGCAUCCAUCAAGGAUGGAAGGAGAAUACUCUUUACAUUUGAUAGAGCUGCAUUUUCAUUUAAGUUUCUUCCAUUUAAAGUUCCAUAUCCAGUUCCUUUUCGUCUUCUUGGAGAUGAGGCAAAGGGUUGGUUGGACACGACAUAUUUAUCUCCAUCUGGAAACAUUCGUAUCUCAAGAGGAAAUAAGGGAACCACAUUUGUGCUGCAAAAGAAAACCGAUCCAAGGCAGAAUUUGCUUACAGCUAUUGCAAUAGGAGCAAGGGUUAGAGAAGCAAUAGAUGAGUUUAUCUCCUUGUAUGGUAACCAAGCUAAAGUUGAGCCAGAUAUGACUGAAGGUGAAUGGCAAAUGAUAUGGAGUUCACAGAUGGAAACAGAUAGUUGGAUAGAGAAUGCUGCAAACGGGCUUAUGGGAAUGCAGGUUGUGAGGUCGAAUGGAAGAUUGAAGUUUCUAGUUGACAUAUUUCCUGGGCUCAAAUUCUCAAUGGACGGAACUUUUGCCAAAUCUGGAACCGGUACAUAUGAUGUUAUAAUGGACGAUGCAGCCAUUGUAGCAGGACCUUUCGGUCUUCCUAUGGAAAUGGAGAGCAAGUUUAAGUUGGAGCUUCUAUAUAACGAUGACAAGAUAAGGAUUACUCGAGGCUACAACAGUAUAACUUUUGUGCACGUUCGAUCAGAUGGAUCCAAAUAAAGAGAACUCGUCGAUUUUCAAGUAAGAUUUCGCACUAAAUAAUAUGUUUGCUUUUACUUUUUUGUUGGAAUAUUGUAUAUAGUAUAAUGUAAGCAAUGGAAGAAUUUGAAUACCAUAUAGAAUCAUUUGAAAACAUCUUAUUAGACGAUUUUUUUUUAUCUA